AUGAGGGGUUUGAAGGGCUCUCGAAAACAUACCGCCCCGACAUCUGUGUCGGACACCAUUUGUUAUUGUGAUGGCGAGCGAGAACUCGGAACUAUGGAACUAUUCUGUUCUGGGUGUUCUAAGUGGUUCCAUGGACGUUGUUUGAAGGAUCUGAAAGAUUUCUAUGGAUUGAGCUUCAUGGUCUGCUACGUAUUCCACUGUAAAGAUUGCAGUCCUACCUCAGUGGAGACAUGGGUAGCCAAACAAGCAAAUUUCAGUCACAUGUGCGUAACAGUUCUUGCUAAUUUGACGGCCGAAAAGUUAAAAAAGGAUGGAUUCCAGAAAACAGGAGAACAUAUCUAUUUCAACUUACAAAAUACGAUUAUUCCGUAUUUCGAUGCCAACUGGGAGAAUUUGACAUCAAUGCCCAGAAGGGUUAAGAACACUUGGCACACGACAUUGCAAAAGACGUUAAUAAAAGACGUAGAACUUUUUAAGGUGAAUCCUGAAGACGAGAAUAGCUUUGCGCUCUUGGAAACGAACCUCGCCGAUAUCGGUCCAGUCAACGAGUUUGUAAAACAGAUUGGAAAGAAGACAAGCAGUGGUGAAAAGGGUAAUCUCGCUUCAACACUUGUCAGCGCUCAACAUGGAACGGGUAGGACGUCCGGAGUAGACUCCGAUGUGGACGGUGGUCCGAAGACCCGUGGAGCGUCAAAGAGACGUAAUGUUGAUAGCGCAGGCGGUGGGAAGAAACCGAAACUAGCUACUGAUUAUUCGUCGUCAAAGAUUGCAGCGUCGGAUGGUUCAGGACCCAUUGAUUUUCCUUUCAAUAAGGAAGGCUAUCGGUAUUUUCUAGUGGAAAAGGAUCCCAACGUUAAUGACAGAAUAAGUUUGGAGGAAGACGACGGAUCAACUCCAAGGAUAAUCCCGCCACACUUGUACCGACUUCACUUCCAAAGGACGUUGCGUGUAUCGGACGAUCAAUUGACAGUAACUGGUUUCGAAGGUUAUCGAGUAGCUCGCGCUACUCAUUCGGUUGCUAAGGGUACAUGGUACUUCGAAGUGAAUUUCCUCAAACAACCAGAUGACUCCCAUAUAAGAAUAGGUUGGAGUCAACCUCUAGCGGUCGUUCAAUCUUGUAUUGGAUACAAUAAGCUGUCAUACAGUUGGCGUUCCUUGAAAGGUACAAAAUUCCAUGACGCCAUAGGGAAAAAAUAUUUCCCCGGCGGAUAUAAGGAGGGCGACAUACUUGGUUGUCUAAUACAUCUCCCGCAUGAUCCUAUUCAUCCUGGGCCUUCCAGUCAAUAUCUACCUCCAUCCAAUAAGGACCUCCCGCUCAUCAAUUUCAAGCACAACUACUUCUAUGAAAGUCAUGAUGAAGUUGCUGACGUGGUGAAAGCUUUGGAACCGUUGAAAGAGAGCAGAAUUGAAUUUUUCAAAAACGGCAAGUCGUGUGGUGUAGCCUUUACAGACAUAUACAGAGGAUUCUACCAUCCUGCAAUAUCAAUAUUCAAGAAUGCCACAGUGAGAUGCAAUUUCGGGCCAAGGCUUCAUCACUUACCACCUGGUGCAUUACCCAUGAGUGCCAGAGUAGAACAACUCUACGUGGAGCAAACCCUUAGUGAUAUUAUAUUUCUUUGCAUGCAAUCUGCUCUUCGCGGUGUGACUGGGAAAAUGAUAAAAGUGAUCCCAAUUAGAGCCCUAGAGGACAACUAUAUGUACUUGGUCUAUAGUGAAAAAGAUUCGAAGGGCUUUGCUGUGGAUCCGGUUGAACCACACAAGGUUAAGGAAGUUGCGGAAGGCUGCAAGGUUACCGUAGCAGCAGCACUUGUCACGCAUCACCACUGGGAUCAUGCAGGAGGAAUGGGAGAGUUCAGGAAAAUCUGGAGAGCGGAUCAGGCUGAAAUCUAUGGCGGUGAUGAGCGCAUUGAUCAUUUGAACAAUAAAGUCGACCAUGAAGAGAAGUUCCGAAUAGGACAAAUGGAGGUUACGGCUUUGAAAACGCCUUGCCAUACGAAAGGACAUAUUUGCUACUACGUCACACAUCCCGAUAGUGACAGCCGUAUCGUUCUAACUGGAGAUACUCUUUUCAUAGCUGGUUGCGGAAGAUUCUUCGAAGGAACUGCUGACCAGAUGCAUCGAAACUUGAACGAAGUACUGGCAGGUCUGCCGGACAGUACCCUUGUUUAUCCUGGACAUGAGUACACCUACAGUAACCUGAAGUUUGCUCAUCACAUAGAGCCAGGGAAUGAGGCAGUGAAACGCAAGCUGGAAUGGGCUUUACGGUGUCGCGAACGGAAUGAACCAACCGUACCAUCAACUAUUGCUGAGGAAAAAGAGAUAAAUCCGUUCAUGAGGACAUCUUCUCCAGAAAUUCAGAAGAAGGUCGGCGCGACCGACCUCAUCGAAGUGAUGGCUCGUGUACGACGGACUAAAGAUAGUUUCAAAGGCUAA